AUGGCGCAGAAGAAGCCCAACAUCCUUUACAUCAUGGCCGACCAGAUGGCCGCGCCCUUGUUGUCCUUGCAUGACAAGAACUCACCCAUCAAGACGCCCAACUUGGACAAAUUGGCCGCCGGGGGUGUGACUUUUGACUCGGCCUACUGCAACUCACCGCUGUGUGCUCCUUCUCGCUACGUGAUGGUCAGCGGCCAACUGCCCUCGAAGAUUGGAGCCUAUGACAAUGCUGCCGAUUUGCCAGCCGAUACGCCCACUUACGCCCACUACCUGCGACGAGAGGGUUACCACACGGCCCUGGCUGGAAAGAUGCACUUCUGUGGUCCGGACCAGCUGCACGGUUAUGAACAGCGUCUGACAAGCGAUAUUUACCCUGGUGACUACGGCUGGUCCGUCAAUUGGGAUGAGCCGGAAAUCCGCCAGGACUACUACCACAACAUGGCCUCGGUCAUGGAUGCUGGCCCGGUUGUGCGCACAAACCAAUUGGACUUUGACGAGGAAGUCAUCUACAAGUCGCAGCAGUACUUGUACGACCACGUCCGCCAGCGCACUGACCAACCUUUCUGUUUGACCGUAUCCAUGACCCACCCCCACGACCCAUAUGCCAUGACCAAGGAGUUCUGGGACAUGUACGAGGAUGUCGACAUUCCGCUUCCAAAGAACGGAAACGUCCCCGACGACCAGCAGGACCCCCACUCCCAACGUGUCCUGAAGUGUAUUGAUCUUUGGGGCAAGGAGAUGCCGGAAGACCGCAUUCGUGCUGCCCGUCGCUCCUACUAUGCCGCCUGCACAUACGUCGACACCAACAUCGGCAAGCUAUUGAAGGUUUUGGAGAACACCGGCCUGGAUGAAAACACAAUCAUCUGUUUCACUGGUGAUCACGGAGACAUGCUUGGCGAGCGCGGCCUGUGGUACAAGAUGACUUGGUUCGAGAACUCGGCCCGCGUCCCAAUGCUCUUCUACGCUCCCAAGAUGUUCGAGCCCAAGCGCAUCAAGGAGAACGUCUCCACAAUGGAUAUGCUACCUACAUUCGCUGAUCUGGUCGGCGCACCACUAAUCAAGGAUCUACCUCUCGACGGUGUUUCCCUGAUGCCCUACCUGACCGGUGGUGAGGGCCCUCGCACCGACACCGUGUACGGCGAGUACAUGGGCGAAGGUACCCAGGCUCCUCUCAUCAUGAUCCGCCGCGGCCGCUGGAAGUUCAUCUACUCCACCAUCGACCCGCCCAUGCUCUUCGACGUGGCCGCCGACCCAGAGGAGAAGAUCAACCUGGCCGCCGGUCUCUCCAUUCCCUCCACCACACGCGCCCCUCUCCCAGUGAAGUCCGCCAACCCUCUAGCCGUGCCUGCAUCCCUUCCCACCCCCGGCGAGACCCCUCGCCUCUCUCCCAUCCCCCAGCGGGCCGGUGAUAACAACAACAACGCCAACUCCUACCCCUUCCCCACGCCUACACCCCCACGCACUCCCAGCCCCGCCAAGUUCCAGACUCUACCCGACAGCGCCGAUCCCGUCACCCUGUUGGCGUACUUCACCGAGGAAGUCCAUGCCAAAUGGGACCUGGAGAAGAUCCGCCAGGAUGUUCUGACUUCGCAGCGCCGCCGUCGUCUGGUCUACUCUGCCUUGAUUGAGGGUACCCCUCAGGUCUGGGACUGGGAACCCCGUGUUGACCCCAGCACUCAGUACGUGCGGAACCAGGGCAAGGGAAUCCUGGAUGAUGUCGAGCUUAUCUCUCGCUGGCCUCGUGUCUUGCAACAGGCUGCCAACGAGCACGGUCUGAAGGCUUAA